AUGUCGGGCGCGCUUCCGCAGAUCGUCGCGACGCUCUUCAAGUUUAUCAUUGGCAAGAAGGUCUACACGUCGGGCAAGUUUGUCACGCACAGCGGCGACCGCGCGGUCAAGUGCGCGGUCAAAGCCAACUCGGGCGUCCUCUUCCCGCUCGAAAAGUCGUUCAUGUUCAUCCACAAGCCGACGACGUUCAUCCGGUACGACGACAUUGACUACAUUGAGUUCCAGCGCUACGCGGGCCAGUCGGGCACGUCGGCGUCGCGCAACUUCGAUCUGCUCGUGAGCUGCCGCGCGGUGGGCCAAGAGCUCGCGCACGAGACGCUCUUCUCGGCCAUCGACCGGCGCGAGUUUCCGGAGCUCUCGCAGUUUUUAACGUCCAAGAAGCUCAAGAUCCGCAACCUCAAGGAGACGCAGGCGACGGCGCCGGCCAAGCGCGGCUACGAAGAGAUGAACGAGGCGCUCGGGCCCGAAGAAGGCGAGGUCGACGAAGAGGAGGAAGAAGAUUCGGACUUUGGCCCGGGCGCCGAGUCGGACGAGGACGGCUCGGAGGACUUUUCCGACGAGAGUCUCAGCGGCAACGACGAGGAAGAGGACGAGAACGACGAUGGCGAAGCCAAGAAGACGGACAAGAAGAAGAAGGACAAGAAGAAGGACAAGAAGAAGGCCAAGAAGGCCAAGACCAGCGGCGGCUCGGACGACGAGGCAGAGUAG